AUGAUAUGUGAUAUUAAACGUUUACAGAAAUCGCCAACCCUUCUACGCAAGCCGAGUGCUCCAGCGCCGCUUAGCUUACCGUUCUCCAACGUUGCGGACAUCCCCGAGUUACAUUCGGCUCUUGGUAUGACCAUUACGUCUGGAAGCAGCAGUAGUUUUGGUGGUGGGGCAACCAGCGUCAAUGAUACCGAAUCUGUUCCUUCACGUCCCUGGACUGGAGGAAUGGCCGCGUUCGCCGCCUAUGCAAUGCGCUCUGCAGCAAUUCAAGCGGCCACUGUUGUCACCACCACUGCAACUACUUCGGGCUCAGUGAAUUCGGGGGUAGUACCCUCCUCCCUUUCCGCUGCUACUGUAAGCACCACGUCCACCUCCGCCUCGUCCUUUCCUUCACCUGGCGUAGGCGGAGCGGGCGGUCCAACUAAUCCACCUCCAAGCCCCGUCUCUCCUUUGACACCUCCGCCUCUUCCAUUUACGAUUACACCCCAAACUGACAGACCGGUGCAUCAUUGGCGUGAGGGGAACUUGCCUGCCAACUCGAAGUGCAGCAGCUGCAAGAAAACCUGCUGGUCUGCUGAGUGCCUGACUGGCAUGCGCUGCGAAUGGUGCGGCGUAACAGUGCAUUACACGUGCUUUCGAAAUCUCCCCAUUGAAUGUGACUAUGGUUCUCUGAGGGACAUCAUGUUGCCUCCACAGGCUGUUUCCAUUCCCAGAACCAGUCUCCUCAUGGAACACAUAAUUGGUUUACCUAAACCACAACCGGACUUCUUUCCUGGACUCCCAGCCCUAAUGGAUGAGUUUACUAGCAGCGGAGAGAGUUUGGAGGAGUCCGGCUUCGAGCGGCGAACGAACCGUGACAAAUCCGAUCGCGACUUCGACGAUUAUGUUCGUGUAUACGAUGGUAUGGACCGCUACAGGCGGCAUCAGUGUCGAUAUCUCUCUUUGGGAAAAAACGUUUCUGUUCGAAAAGUGAUCGAACUUUCUCUCAAGGCAUUCCAACUCCCUCCUGAUGAGGAAAAGGAUUUCUAUUUAGUUGAAAUUAAUGAACGAGAUGGCAGCGAGCAUCCAUUAGACUCAAACACCCUCUUCAAGCGACAGCUCCAAUUUGAGACCCGGCGGCCUCAGAUUAUUCUUCGAUAUAUCGAACGAGAGGAGAAUCGCGACUAUAUCAGUGUUUAUCCUGGUUCACUCGUUGACUAUGCUGACAUAAGCGUACCCUCAAUCCAAGUCUCCAUAACACCGGCAACUUCAGCCCAUGAUGUGCUUGUCCUUUCGCUCCAUCGGUUAGGAGUUGGUUAUCUAGAUGCCAAUAAAUUCAACCUGGUGGAGACAGUGGUGGAUCGAGGACUGGUUGAGAGAGUGCUUCAUCCAAAUGACCGUCCCUGGGAGAUAAUCGAUAACGUUCGACUGGAGUCCGUCCGAGCUUUGCGGCUGACGCGCUUUUACAUUCGAUCAGUGAAGGAUCCUUAUGGCCAAGGUGUCUCCUUGUUCGUGGGGAAUCUCAAGAGGGGCCUCAGUCAACGUCUCUAUGAAAUAAUUCUUCUUGAGCGCCUGGGCUAUCAGAACAAAUGGGACGCCAUAGAGGUGAUCUACUAUGACUUUGGAAGUUUAGUGGUGAUAUAUUCGAAUGCAGAAAAGGCAGAUGAGGCCUACCGGCUUUUGAAGAACAGUACAUUCGAGGAUCGUCCAAUUCUUGCAAUGAUUUUGCCCCGAAUAAAACCCGAACACAUCCUUGAUGGAACGCAACCACUCUUGGUUUUCGUGAACGUCAAGUCUGGUGGAUGUCAGGGCCUAGACCUCAUUACGUCUUUCCGAAAGCUUCUCAACCCUCAUCAGGUAUUUAAUCUGGAUAAUGGUGGUCCGCUGCCCGGGCUCCACUGUUUUCGGCAUCUAUCGCGGUUCAAGAUCCUCGUGUGUGGUGGUGACGGGACGGUAGGUUGGGCGCUUUCCUGUUUGGAUAACGUAGGCCAGGAUGCUGCCUGUCCCACUCCUCCUAUGGCCAUCUUGCCAAUUGGGACAGGCAACGAUCUCGCACGCGUUUUGCAUUGGGGUCCGGGGUAUACGGGCACCGAAGAUCCUCUGCAGAUCCUCCGGUUAGUCCUUUUUUGA